GGUGGAGUGUUGAACCGCCUCCCGUAACAGGAAUGGCAUCACCACCACACCUCCUCCAAUCACAAGGAUCUGAUCCAAACUGUAUAUAUGUGGUGAAGCAAGGACAAUUGACUAUUACAUUUACAUCGGCAGAAAACAACGAACUAAAUGUGAUCAAGAGAAUUCUACCACUUACCAUGAUAGGUGAAUUGGAAUUUUUCACUGAUAAUCAGCGACCAACAAACCUGGUGACAAAUACUCCAUAUGUUCUAUGGAAAAUAGAUCAAGCUGCUUAUUUGAGAAUGUUGGGAUAUAAUCCAAUUUUAAGAACCACUUUUAUGAAAUUGGCAGUGAAACUUUCUGUAGAAAGGUUACAAGACUCGAAUCAUUAUGCCUUUAAUUUAAAAAAAUGA